CCUGCUUCAUUUUAAACUCAUCAAACGGAGAUUAGGCGCCUUUCAUUGGAAAUCAUAAAAUAAUACUCAGUGUCCAUUACUGUUACCUGUUAACACUUACACUAAUCACAGACAGCUGCAUCGAUAGUUCUCUGAAAAUUUGCACAACUUUAUGACUGUCUAUAUCAAAUUUGCGUGGACGUCUACCGUAUAUAAAAGUCGGGAUAAAAUAUUUGGAAAUCUAGUUGCAAGGCAGCAUCCGUCAACAGCGCGUAGACAGAGUCAGCAAAUAAACGCAGACAAAACUAACGUUUAAACAUGGCAAACAUUGAGACAAAUCUAAUUCUACAGCGUCUGAACAGUCUGAAAAUUGUCGAAACGCCAAAGCAGACGCAACGUGGUGAUAACGGAAAACGCGAAUGUUACUCGGAGGACUUUAAGUCUCAUGUACCAGCUACACCCUGUUCUGGCGCAGUUGGAUUUUUAACGGAGCUGAAGAAGCGACGAAAAGUCAAACUGAAUCGUGUCUACAGCUAUGAGACCGACCAACAUUUUGUAAAAGCACGCAAAUCGCUUAAUUUUUAACACAAUGAAAUCGUAUGGAUGUAAUCAGUAGAAUUAAUCAUAAUUGAUUAUAAAUCAAUAUUUUUACCAAAUCAAAACAAAUAUAUUCCUUUUUUUUAA